AUGACGGAGCGUGUAGUGAAACCAAAAGGACGGAAAAAGAAAGAAACAGUGAGAGCAUCAGCAUCGGCAUCAGCAUCAACUAGCGAGACUCCUGCCGCGAAGACUUCACAUCAUGUGGUAUCUAUCGCAUCAAAAAAGCCUGCUACCCCGCUAGAUAUGCCUCUUCAGAACCCAAUGUUUCCCACCAACAGUCGACAUGCUGAACAGGUAGAGAGGGCCACGACAGCCAUUCGCUACCACUACAGACCUCCUACCUUUAACCAGCCUUCGAAAGCCUUGUCAUCAACAUUGGACAAUGUCUUCCUUACCCAUUAUGUAGAGCUCAACCAUGUUAAAAAUGCCUAUGCGCCUGAAAUCCAGUGGCUUGUACACUUGCCAGAAAUAUUUAGUAACGCCUCCAAGCCCGCUGUCAGAAUAUCACUUCGAGCAAUGUCCAUGGCAUUUUACGGCAAAUACCAUCAUGACUCAAGUAUACUCAUCGACUCCUGGAGAUGGUAUACUGUUGCAUUGAGCACGCAGCGAAACUCGAUAGCAAGAAUGAAAAAGAACGAUAUGCCAGAUGAAGGAGAGGUGCUGGUACCCCUCAUCCUCGCGUUAUAUGAGCUCUACGUUAGCGCAACGUCUGCUGGCUUACUCGCCCAUCUGGAUGCAGCAGGAGAGAUUAUGAAGAUGCGAGGCCCAACCAACUGUAGAUCUGGGGUAAUCUGGCCGCUCUUCAAAGCCAUCCGCGGCCAAGAGGCCCACAGGUCAAUCGUUUUUAACAAGAAGUCGACGUUUUCUUCCCCAGAUUGGAUGACAAUACCAUUCGUCGAUAUGCCCAACGACCCACACCAAGACCUCGCCAGUAUCCACCUGAUGAUGCCUUCCUGUAUGGCUUCUCUAGAGAUCCCAGGAUCUUUGCGUACUGUUUUUGAGACAGCCAUACCGCCCAAUGUUGAUGUAACACCUGCUAAGGAACUCACAUGUAAACUGCUCAAAGAUCUUGACAGCUGGGCCGAAAAGUAUCCUCAUCUGACGAAGCCAUUCACCAGCCUUGGGAAUGCACAAACCCCAGAGUCUUCCUCGCAAUCUACAAGACAGAAAUCACCCAAAACAGGAAAGACCGACCCGGUCAGAGUGCUGAUCAGGUCAAACUACAUGGCAGAUCGAGUCUUGCUCAAUAUGCUCAUGUACAAGAUGCACACCGAAUCCAGUACUCCCUUGGAACCAUCCGAGUAUAAUAUAGGGCAGUAUUGUUCCGAAGCACAGAAUUAUGCUCAAGUCAUACUGCAGACUGCAGCCGAGAUCGAACGAGCAAAGGCGCCUGGGUUUGACCUUUUACGCAGCAUUGGUCCUGUCUUAAUCGUGGGUUAUUGCGGUCCGACGCCGGAACUGAAAAUGGAAGGCAAGAUGAUGUUGGGCAGGUGGGCAAGCCAGAUCCAAGGACUUAAGUCAACUAUGGAACGCUUGUGA